AUGGCACCAACCGAUACCAAAAAGGCCGACCAGGCCAAGCAGGGUCCCCCCAGACUCUCUGAUUACAAGGAAAUCCUCGACGAGAGCACAUUCGAACAGAUCCUCGAGAUGGACGAUGAUGAGGAGGACCGCGACUUCAGCAAGAGCAUUGUGUAUGGAUUCUUCGAUCAGGCUGAAAACACCUACAAGAAGAUGGAGAAGGAAAUAGAUGAGAAGAACCUUGAUGAACUCUCUGCACUCGGACACUUCCUCAAGGGCUCAUCCGCUACCCUUGGACUGGUGAAGGUGAAGGACGGCUGCGAGAAGAUCCAGCACUUCGGCGCCAACAAGGACGAGACUGGCAUCAUUGACGAACCGGAUACCGAGGUCUGCCUCAAGGCCAUCCAGAAGACUCUGGAUGAAGUCAAGGUCGAAUACCGCAAGGUCGAGAAGCUCCUCCGCCGAUACUACGGCGAGGAGAUUAAGGAGGAAGAGGAGAAGCCCGAAGUGAAGGAAGUGAAGGAGCCGAAGAAGGACGAAAAGCCCCAAGAAGAGCCCAAGGAGCCCAAAGAGGCCAAGGAGGCCAAGGAGGUUAAGGAGGUUAAGGUGGCCAAGGAGGCCAAGGAGGUCAAAGAACCCACGAAGGAGAAGGAGCUCGCCAAGGAGUCUUCGCAAUAA